GAAGGUUUUCUUCUAAUUAGCCAAAGUUCGUCAAAGUUGAGUCAACUUCCUAAGGUUUUCUGACAAUGGCGCCACAAUGUGUUAUCGUGACUUCCCCGACUGAGCCGGGGUAGCCUUUAUUGGAAACUCAACCAUAAACAAGACAAACCAUAAUUCAUUGUCUAUUGAACUCACUCAACAAUAAACUUCAUAAGAAAUUAUAUAAAACAAUCCUUUAUUCCCCAAUCUCAACUUUUCCCAAUGAACAAUCAAUUCGUUUGCCAACGUAGCAGAUCGUAUCUUUCUGAUGCCCAAUUGGAUAAGUACCUCACUCGAGGCCCAAUUCCAUGACAGCCGAACAUUCCUUGACAAUACACACUACACAACACUCAUCACCAUAAUUGCCUACCCAAUCGCUCUAUUUAAUACCUCGUAAAUAAUUCCAUCCAAAUCAAUUCACUCUACACCAAUCUCAUCCCCACACAAAUCAUUAUGCCGAAUCACAACACACAGGAGGGCAUGAACCGCCCAAAUAUCACACAUCUUAAGAGCAUUCUCCGAAAUCGAAUAGGAGACGAUAGCAGCGAAAUGGUGUCGUGCACGGAAGACAGACACCGAUGCCGCGCCCUGACUGUCACAUUCAACGACGCGAAGCUCGCCAGCGAUGCCGAGACGGGCUUUCACUACUUCCCUAGCGCUAGAUCGCGCAAGGAGUACGUAGCUGAUGUCCAGACACGCAAAGCUGCAGAGCUACUCGAGUUUUUCAGGAACCUACGGAAUUCUCAAGUUAGAGGGCCUGCAGACGAAGAGGACGAGAGCGACAGGGGCGACAGUAGUGAAGAUGAGGACACCGAGGACGAAGGUGACGACUAUGAUGAUGACUACAAGGACGAGGACGAGGACGAGGACGCGGACGAGGGCCAAGAUACGGACGAUCCCGACACAGAUGAUGAUGAUCUCGAAAUUGUCUUCGAAGAUGAUCCUAACCCGAGCCUUGGAAAAGGCCUCGAGAGUCUCAUAGAAAAGAUAAGAUCUAAUGAGUAAAACAGCCUUUUCCCGUGAUUACUUUAUCCCUAUGAUGACUCCUCGACCACACAUGCAACAUACGACCUGUCUUUGGCGUGACACCAAUCGUCCUUAGGUACGAU